GUGAGAAUAUCCUCCUAGAUGACCGAGGCCUCCUAAAGCUGACCGGUGAGCCUUUGGCCCGGCCCCUACCCUCUUCCCUAGAUUAUCCUGACUCGUGACCCAGCUGGACCCUCAACCCUCCCAGGAGGCCCAGCCCCACCCCUGCCCACAGCUGCACUUGCAGAAACCUACACACGCCACGUCUGCCCCCCAGUCAUCCCGCCCGAGCCCUCGCUCUCUCGCCCUCCUGCUCCUCACCCGGGGGACUGCCUGCCCUGUGCCCAACCCCCACCCCACCCCACCCCUUCCCCACUGCAAAGACUUUGGCUUCGCCAGCCAUUUGGGCCUCAAGAGCCUGCUGCUGAGCACCUUCUGUGGCUCCGUGGCCUGUACAGCCCCGGAGACCCUCAUGAGCAAGUACAACGGGGAGCAGGCUGACCUGCGGAGCCUGUGGGUGGCGCCCGCAGGCACCCCAUCGUAGGCAGGACCCGCGGGAGGGCAAGGGAGGGGGCACGCCCUGAGGAGCCUGUGCCCCCGGGGGCAUCAUCCUUUAUGCCAUGGUGACCGGGAAGCUGCCCUUCAAGGAGCGCCAGACCCACCGCAUGCUGCACCUGACGCACCAUGGCCCCACCUUCAGGCCGGGCAUGUCCCCAGGCUGGUAAAUGGACCACAGCAACCAGGGGACAGGGAAGCUGGGCCGGAGGACGCCCCGAUUCAGACUCCUUGCCUGGAAAGGCAGCGGCCCCCACCGAGCUCUGCACCAGCCCAGGGCACGCUGCCUUCCCUCUCUGUGCCCUGAUCUCACGAAGAGUGCCGGGACCUGAUCUGAUCCGGGGCCUGCUGCAGCUUCGCCCGUGCGCGCGCCUGGGCCUGCAGCAGGUGGCCGCGCACUGCUGGAUGCUGCCCGCCACGCACGCGCUCUCUGGCACCACGCUCAGGAUGCCGCCAGGUAGGGUGGGGGCCCUGGGAGCGGGGUGUGGGCAGGUGGCUGGCCCCUCGGCGCCCCUCCUGAUCCCCCACUGCUGUCGGUUGCAGAGAAACCAGCUAACCUUGAGCACUCGGAGCCUGGCAGAGACUCGGAGCCUCCGAGGCGGCGCCCCCGGCACUGCUUCUGGGCCUCCGCCUGGGCCGCAGAGGCCGACCCAAGAAGAGGUGCGGGCUCUGCCCAGCUGGGGCUCUGGAGCGCGAGGACAGCCAGCCUGGGGGUAG